AUGCUUGGGGACAUUGGUCGACAUGGUGAUGGGCAUGCAUACCGGAAUUUCAGCAGGAUGCAUAAAAAAGUGAGCGUCUUGGAUACUCAGAACUUCACUCAAAACAACAGGACACAGGGCAUAAUGGAAAAAUCACAGUGGGACCUCAAACACCUCAGGUUACAGCGAAGGCGUUUUACACGUCUUGACGACCUUGUACUACGCUACAAGACAAUGCAUGAUGCUCUCCUGAGAGAAUAUUCAGACUCCAAAGUCAUUUCAAAGAAAAGAUUUAAAGUGGACAUUGAAAAAUGGAAAAAAAAAAAACACUCUCGCAAAGGGAUUUAUGUUCGCCCAUUUACAAGUUUCACAGCAACUCCUCAGUCUUUUAAAGACAUCAACACUGUGGCUUUGUGUGUCGUUGGGAAUGUAACACAAGUGUCUCCAACUGCAAAAUCAAAAUGUGACUCUCAGCUUACCUGGUUAUGGAAAAAUAGAAGCAGUGAGGCAAUAGUUUCUCAAAUAGCUUCACAGGUCCAAGGAAACAACUUUCUGAUCCGUCAUAGUGAUCUGCAGACCCUGAAGCCCCACAAAUGGCUUGUUGGAGAGGUUAUUGAACCCCUACUACAGAUCUGGGCAAGACAAUUCAACCUGGAACAAAAAAUUUUCAUACUUUGCCAUUACACAGCAACUGUGAUGCUGUAUGGUGACCGUCAGGCUGUCAGACGUCACGCUCUACGCAAAGUGGACCUUGGACAAUAUGAGGGAAUCAUUUCAUUUGUAAAUGAGAACCAGAACCACUGGAAGCUCUUAUUUAUAAACCCUUCACAAAGCACUGUGUACUUAUUGGACCCUGCUCCAGUGUCAACGGAGUUGGCUGCAUCAUGUCUCGCAGCAAGACAAGUCCGAGACUUUUUCAAUAUGCGUCGGAACGUGUAUGGAAAAAGAGACUGGGAGUCUGUUACAUGGAAAGGAGGACAGAUCAACCACCCAACUCAGAAGGAUGGCCACAGUUGUGGAGUCAUUGUGGCAAAGAUGGCAAAAGCAUUGCUAGAGACAUUUCCAGCAAUUCCGACCAUCGAAUUCCCCACUGGCCAAUCCGAAAUGGCGGAAGAAAGGCGCAGAUUAGCCUCAACAUUACUUGAGGCAUCUGUGUUUGACGAAGAAAAUUCCUGUGGGAUGUGUGCAGGGAAUAAGCCGCCAACCCUACCCCUUUUUCCAGGGGGAAAAAUUAACUGGAUACAAUGCAGCAAGUGCCAGAAAUGGUACCAUGAAGAGUGCCUGACGUUAAACACCCGGGUGCGGGCCAAAGCAAUACAGCCAGAAACAUUAUGGCACUGCUGCCUGUGUAAAAAAUAA